AUGUCCGCCAUGGAGAAGAACUUGGCAGAGCAGCCUUUACUCGCGGGCCGACAAGCUCCUAAUGCAUCAUUCCGCAAGCCAUUGGCAUGCGGUCUCCUUCUUUUGGGUACAGCAUCCUUCUUCUCGCACGGUUACGUCAGCGACCUCGUAACACGGCAAUGGCGAUCCAGUGCCCCCAUCUCAUUUGAGGCGCAAUGCCCUCAGGCCUCUCCAUUGAUUCCGUCCAAAAGCACGAAAGAGCUGGAUGAUGCGUGGGAAUACCUAAGUUCCGAUGCAUUCUUUAACAAAUCCAUCGAGCACCUCUCCGGUGCGGUGCAGAUUCCCACACAGAGCUACGACGACAUGGGCGAUGUGGGGAUCGAUCCGCGAUGGGAUAUCUUCCACUCUUUUGCAUCUUAUCUCGAGGAGACCUUUCCUCUGAUCUACAAGACACUGGAUGUGGAGAAGGUGAAUACGCAUGGGCUGCUGUUCACGUGGAAGGGGACUGAGGCUGAGCUGAAGCCGACAGUGUUGAUGGCGCAUCAAGAUGUGGUGCCUGUGCCGGACAGCACGAUCAAUCAGUGGACUUACCCGCCAUUUAGUGGGCACUGGGAUGGGAAGUUUGUCUGGGGCCGUGGCGCCAGCGACUGCAAGAAUCAGCUGAUGGGUAUUCUGGAGGCGGUGGAUGUGCUCAUCAACGCUGGGUUCCAGCCGAAGCGAACUCUCGUCUUGAGCUUUGGCUUCGACGAGGAGAUCUCUGGAGGGGAGGGCGCAGAGCAUCUCGCGCAGAAACUGCUUAAGAGAUAUGGACACGGCGGCGCCGCUAUCAUCGUCGAUGAGGGUGCGGCGAAUCUGGAGGGCUGGGGCGCCAACUGGGCCAUUCCUGGAGUGGGUGAGAAGGGCUAUGUGGAUGUCCUGGUUACGGUUCGCAUGCCGGGCGGUCACUCGUCGAUCCCGCCAGCACACAACGGCAUUGGCGUCGCUGCCGAGCUCAUCUCCCUCAUCGAGGCGAAUCCCUAUGAGCCUAAGCUCGACGAGUCAAACCCCUACCUAUCCUUGUUGUACUGUGGUGCUGAGCAUGCACCCGAAUUUCCUAAGGGCCUCAAGCACCUCCUCAGGAAACGCGCACAUCAAUCUACUUGCGCGAAGAAGGGGAACAAGGACGAACUAGCGCUAGAAGCAGCAAAAGCCGGUCUAGAAAUCAAGUACCUCUUCACGACGUCGCAAGCCGUCGACUUGAUCAACGGUGGCGUCAAGACAAACGCACUGCCAGAACGCACCACCUUCACCAUCAACCACCGCAUCAACAUCGGCUCCUCCGUCGAUGCUGUUCUCUUCCACGUAGCCCAGCUCUUCACCCCAAUCGUCAAGAAGCACAAUCUCACUCUCAAUGCCUUCAACAACGCGACUGAGACGCCCUCGUCUCUCACGCUGUCGACCCGCCCGGAGCACCUGGAGCCUGCGCCUGUCACGCCCACCGGGCCUGGCACACCCUUCCAGAUCCUUUCGGGUACCACAAGAGCUCUCUAUGGUGAAGACUUGCUCGUGGCGCCGGGUGUAAUGACGGGUAACACGGAUACGAGAUACUACUGGGGUCUCAGUGAGCAUAUCUUCCGGUAUAGUAUGGGAUGGGAUAGGGAGCAGGAGGGGCUGGGUAGAAUUCACACUGUGGAUGAGAGGAUUGGUGGAAAGGCGCAUAGGGAUGUGACAAGAUGGGUGUUUGGGUUUGUGAGGAAUAUGGAUGAGGCGGAUUUGUAG